ACGUUGAGGUUAUGAAGUUUGUGAAAAUGUCACUUUGUUUUACAAACUUUGCUGUAUUAGUAACGAGUCUUUCACUAAGCUAACGGCAAAUUAAAUUAGCAGAAUGUCUUCGGUCUUUCUGUCCGGUUGGACGAACCUCCAGCUCAGACCACAGAGCUCAGGGGCUUUGCUUCGGAAAGUAUUGUUCUGUCCCAGCCACCAUCCCAGGCAGCAGCUGAGUGGAAGGCAGCCUCGGAGGAGGGUUGUUAUCACAGGCAUCGGGUUAGUGAGCCCACUUGGCACCGGCACCGCUCUGCCAUGGGACUGCCUGAUCCAAGGCCAGAGUGGAAUUGUGGCUCUGGACUCUGAAGAGUACAGGGGUGUUCCCUGUAAGGUGGCGGCUCUGGUGUCGAAAGGAACUAACGAGGGUCAGUUUUGGGGGGAAAGGUUUGCCACUCGUGGGGAAAUCAACACCAUGUCACCAGCCACUGUCAUGGCCCUCGGAGCUGCUCAGUUGGCCCUGGAUGACUCGGGGUGGUACCCUCAAAGCCCAGAGGAUCAGCUGAACACCGGGGUGGCUGUAGGCAUGGGCAUGGUGUCCUUAGAAGAGAUUGCUCGCACCUCUGCUGCCUUCCGAGACGAGGGCUACAACAAAGUCAGUCCCUUCUUUGUCCCCCGCAUCUUGGUCAACAUGGCUGCCGGGCACAUCAGCAUCAAACACAAACUCAAAGGCCCCAAUCAUGCUGUGUCUACAGCAUGCACCACAGGCGCUCAUGCUGUAGGUGAUGCUGCCAGGUUUAUUGCUCAUGGGGAUGCAGUUGCUAUGGUUACAGGGGGAACUGAAUCCUGUGUGGGGCCCCUUUCAAUAGCCGGCUUCGCCAGGGCACGUGCGCUCGCCACCAAAUGGAACGACAUGCCUACACUUGCGUCCAGACCCUUCCACCCAGAGAGAGAGGGCUUUGUGAUGGGGGAGGGGGCGGCUGUACUUUUGCUGGAGGAGCUGGAGCAUGCACUGAGGCGAGGAGCCAAGAUCUACGCCGAGGUCCUGGGCUACGGGCUCUCAGGGGACGCUAGCCACAUCACCGCACCCACUGCAGAUGGAGACGGACCAUUCAGGUGCAUGUCUGCAGCUCUGAGGGACGCAGGUGUCUCACCUGCAGACGUGACGUAUGUCAAUGCUCACGCCACAUCCACGCCUUUAGGAGACGCAGCAGAAAACGCAGCCAUCAAGAGGCUCUUCCAGUCCAGCGCCGACAGCCUGGCCGUUUCCUCCACCAAAGGAGCCACGGGGCACCUGCUCGGGGCUGCCGGCGCUCUGGAGAUGGCCUUCACCGCUCUCGCCUGCUACCAUGGAGUACUACCCCCAACACUCAACCUAGACCGCACAGAACCGGAGUUCAACCUGAACUAUGUUCCCUGCACGGCCCAGUCCUGGCAGCCUCAGGGCCCACGGGUCGCCCUCACUAACUCCUUUGGGUUUGGUGGCACCAACGCCUCUUUGUGUCUCAGCAGUUUCAGAUGAAACCAUGAGUCUGGACUUUGACAUUUAGACCCAAAC